AUGUUGGUGUCUGCAAGGGUUCUGAUGCUGGGGACGGCGAUGGUGUCGGCGGCGGUGAUGGUUAGGUUGUCGGUGCCGGCGAUCUCGGCCUUCCUGUUCUUCGAGGUGCCGCGGAUCUACAAGGCGCUGGUGAUAUGGCUGACGCCGCCGUACCUCUACUUCGUCAUCAACGGGAUCAUCAUCUCCAUUGCCGCGUCCUCGCGGUUCCAGAAGGUUGCCCUGGAGGAGGAGGGCCUGGAGGCGGUCGCCAUCCCCGAAGUGCGGCCCGAUCCGCCGCCACCGCCGGCGGCGGCGGUAGUGGAGUUUCAGAUCGGGGACGGGGCGGAGGAGUUGGAUGGGAGCGGGCGGAGGAUGAAGGAUGAUGAUGCUGGUGGGGGAGUGGUGGUGAGAGAUGGAGAUGACGAGGAUUUCGUGAUAUCGCGGUCUAGCUGGACGCCGAAGAGCAGGUACUCGCGGGAGGUCGCCCCUGCGGCGGAGCUGGAGAGUCCGGCGGCGGAGAAACCCCUGGUUUCAGAGAGAUUCGGCAGCCGGAGGAGCGUCAAGGCGAGUCCCGAAGGUAAGCAAAUAUCUCCGUUGAUCUUCUCUCUGGCUCUCUACGUAGAGGUGGUGGGAAUUAGGGCUGAAAGGGGACGAUGGUCUAAUGAAAUUCAGGGAGGCCGCUGGGAGUGGCGAGGCCGAAGAAGAGCGAGACGCUGGAGAACACCUGGAAGACGAUCACCGACGGCCGGCCGAUGCCACUGACGAGGCACCUGAGGAAGUCGGACACGUGGGGCACCGACGGGAAGGGGCGGGAGGCGACGGCGUCGCCGCCGGUGAGGAAGUCGGAGACCUUCAGCGAGCAGCGGGUGACCACCCCGUCGCCGUCGGCCUCACCCGGGAGGAGCGGCGGCGGGUCGGGGCGGCUGAUCCGCAGGGAGCCGUCGCCGGGGCAGGACGAGCUGAACCGGCGGGUGGAGGCCUUCAUCAAGAAGUUCAACGAGGAAAUGCGCCUGCAGCGCCAGGAUUCUUUCAAACACUACAUGGACAUGAUCAGCCGCACCAAGCAACAGUAA